GAAACAUUUAGGGGCUGACAGCUUAAGUGAGUUGCAUGAGAGCGUAUGAAGAACAGAGCCAGAUGAAGUCCAGCCUGUUUGUUUAGUUAAGAAGAGGGAAAAUAAACAAAUUGUGCCAGGAUCCAGGAGAUCUGGACAGCGUCUCCUCUCUGCUCCCUCCUUCCUCUCUUACAUAACUCCUCUCUGACAGGAGGCUCAUUUCCCUCCCUGCACUCUUUCACACUAGUGGUUUUCCCCCUUUUUCCUCGAAGCAUCUGUGUUUUGCAGCUCUCUAUCAUGAGUCUGGGGAUCGUCCUUGUUAUGGUUGUGUUAACUGGGGUAACUGGGAGCCCCAGUGUGACGAGGAGACCUGAGACGGAGACGACGGCUCAUCCCAACAGCGUUCCAGAGACCGUGGAGGAACCGGAGACCUUUGGCCAGCAGGACGUUCUAGUGGACGAGGAGGCUGAAGAGGAUGUGAUGGCGACCGGAGAGCUGAACCCCAACCACUACCCCGCCCAGAGGGCCGCCAAGGUGGUCCAACACUACCUCAACACCCGCCACGGCUCUCCUUACCGCCUGUUUGGUCUGCACAGCGUGCUCAGAGGGAACGCAGAGGAUGUGGCAGACUCUGGGAGAAAGUAUCAGCUGGAGAUUUCGGUGCAGGAGAUUAUUGGAAAUACGACAGAGAAAUGCUCUGCGGAGGUUUUGUUUCCGAGGGGCGAGCGGCAGGGAGCGCCGCAGGUCCAGGCGUCGUGUGGGGACCUCCUUAAAAACGACACUAAAGCUCAAGAAGAGGCUUUACACAACCAGUACAAGACGAACCAAACCCUGCUGUCGGCUCAGAAUCUACCUGACAGCUACGGGCACAUCGACCCCGACAUGAAGCCUUUCUGGCACCUCGGCCAGGUGGCGUCCAGCUUCGUCAUGCUGAGGGAAUCCACUGAGAACACGCUGUUCAACAUGGCUCAGGUGGCCAACAUCACCCAGCUGGCGACUGAGAACGACCAGCUGAAGUUUGACUGUCACAUACUGCUGCACGAGAUGGUUUCCCAGGAAAUCAUCCACUGGAAGCUGCUGUUCACCUGGUCUCCUGCAGGGGGCGUUACAGUGCUGCAGAUGGAGCAGCUGCCUCACCGGUGUGAAAAACCUCCAAACACAAACAACUAACCUGCUGAAAUCCAUCUCACUGCUUUAACAACAUCUUGUAUUCAAAUAUUGGAGCAGAAAUGCUGCAAGUAAAGAACCAUCAUAUAUAAUGAUGAUGUCCUUACGUUGUGCUACUAUUGUUGUACUGUAUUUUAGCCAAAAUAAAAUGUAUAUACAGACAA